AUGGACAAGGUCAAGAAGAUCUUCUCACCGGGCUCCAAGAAGGACGACGAAGUUCUGUAUGGUGAUGCCGGCGAGAGAAGACGAGAGAGCGCCAGCAAAGCCCGAGAACCACGAGAGCCUGAGCAGCUCCAUCCUGUAGAGGGAUCACACAAGAAAGAGCACAGUAUCAUGCGUCAAUUGGUCAAUCCUGGUGGCGAGAAGUUCGACGACCAGCGAUUUGGCACCACCGCCACGACCGCACCCGGUGACCCUGACAAGCUGGAAACACACCCAGAAGCACACAACAAAGACCACACAAUCCUGGGCCAGGUGCUCAAUCCGUCUGGAGACAAAUAUGAUGCGCAGAGAUUCGAGUCCAGCGCCAGUACAGAAGGAGACAGGAGACAGUCUGUUCGUCCAGAAGCUCCACCAAUUGCAGGUUCAGACGUCAAAUUGCAGACCGAUCCAGAAGAGAAGAAGCAUGAGCACUCUGUUCUUCGCCAGAUCAUCAAUCCAGGAGGCGGCAAAUACGAUGAGGAGGGCUAUGGAACAACAGCACACGCAGCAGGAACCCUUAGUAAUGUACCAUCUGAUACCAAGGAUCAUUCUGUCGCAAGGCAGAUUCUGAAUCCUGGCCAGGAGAAGUACGAUCCAGUCGUUCACGGUGGCAGCGGCGAGCCAGAUAGACGUGCAGACCCAAUCACCGGAGGUACGAUCUCUCCCUCAACUGGGGGUGAUGAUACAGCCAGCUGUCUGAGCAUCAAAUCAGGCGUGGCCGGCCCAUUUGCUCAUGGAGCUGACGUACAUGGUCUAGGCUCAAGCAACGCUGCGGCAGGACAGAGCACGAUACCAGGCAGCCAGGGUACUGACUUCGGUCGUGAUGCCGCCAUCGUCGGCGGUGGAGCUGCAGCAGCUGGAGCCGGCGCGGCUGCGUACUCGAAUGAUAAGCCCAAGCACGACAUCCCAUCGUCAACGACGACAACGACGACCACUACCACUUCCAACCACCCUCAACCUUUGGCCGAUAGAUCUGUUGCUGGAGGUAGCCACAUCAACCCCGUGGGUGCUCCGCAAUCAAGUGUACCACAGGCUGGAGAAUCUCACUUGGGUCGUGAUGCAGCCAUUGCCGGUGGAGCUGGACUUGCGGGUGGAGCUGCGUAUAGCCACUUGAACCAACCAAAAGACAGCGAUGUUGCUGCAGCGACUUACACUGAGCGCUCUCAGCCACUUGCGGGUUCUUCGCAGGCGUACAAUUCCAGUGCAGCAGGCGGUGAAGGUCCAGUCCACUUUGGAACUGCCAGCACUACCACUCCGCAUACUGGUACUGGGACGGGUACAAGAGGCGCUCACAUCAAUCCAGUCGGAGCCCCUGAAGAGAGCCUGGAAGGUCAGCCUCGUCUUGGUCAGGAUGCUGCUCUGGCUGGAGGCAUCGGUGCAGCAGGCGUUGCCGCUGGUUCUGGCGUGACGCAACUCAAUAAGGCUCCGAACGACGUGCAGCAGGCGACCUACACUGAGCGUGCGUAUCCAGUUGGUAGUACGUCGCACAAUGAUGGUGUCUACCACCACACUCAAGGCCCUCACCAGACUGAGACUGCGAAUAAACUCGAUCCUCAUUUGCCCGGCGAGUUUCCCACGGAGACUGGAGAAGACAAGCACGGAUUGAACCCAACGACCCUUGCCGGUGCUAACCCAGAAACCGGACUUGGUUCCACGUCUGCCCCAGCUACUGCGCAGGAUAAGCAGACCAUCGGAUCGAGAAUAUCGGCUGGUGUCGCAGGGAUUGCAUCUGCUGUUGGUUUCUCAUCGAGUAAGAAGACGGACGAGCCAACUGUUGCAGAGCCCGCUACUACCUCCAGCAAGGACUACGCAGGCAAUCAACCAUUGUCAGGAGCUACAGCCACGAGUGAGCAGCCCACAGAGCACCACUAUGGACGUGAUGCUGCUGUUGUCGGUGGACUUGGUGCUGCUGGUGCUGGUACUUAUGCUGCGACCCGGGAGCAUGACAACCAGCGCCCUGUAGAAUCGCAGUUGGGAACCACCACCACUACGAGCCAACCAACCACUACCACCACGACUACAACGUCCACAAGCACCGCGCCGACUCGAUCUGCCGAGCUACAAGUUGCAAGUGCACCAACGACACAACCUACCGGACUCAACGAGAGGACGAACGAUUCGCACCUUGGUCGUGACGUUGCCGUUGCCGGUGGUGCUGGUGCUGGUGCUGCGGGAGUUGGUGCAUUUGAAGCAAGCAAAGAUACCGGUCCAGCAUCCAAGACCGUCGGUCCUCAUGACAGCAACAUAGCCAACAUUGUCGAUCCCAGCGUGCAACCACAGCCUGAGAAGAUGAAGGAGUCGACGACGACUGGGCCGUACAGCUCAGAUAUCGCCAACAAGGCGGACCCAAGAGUUCAAGCUGAUCCUGCUAAGGCUGGAACGGAAGAGACUCACUAUGAUCGCGACGCUGCCGUUGCGGGAGGUGUUGGUGCCGCUGGAGCGGGCGCUUACUCUGCUACGAGAGAUGAUAAGCCCACUACCACUCAUGCCCAGCCUGACAGCAACGACCCUGCAGUCAUUGCCGCACGCAGAGCUGCCGAGAAGGAGUCUCACCACAGCACAAGCGACAAGCACAACAAGUCUCACGCCGAAGAAGGCGGCGAGAAGAAGCGCGGCCUCCUCGACAAAAUCCUCCACCCAGGCCGCAAAUCCGAAGACAAAGACCACAGCCACGGUCACAGCAGCUCCAAAACAGCCACCGACACCGACGGCCACACCAAACUCCACAAGAAAGCUCUGGGAGGCGCACCACACCACGAGACCUCCACCUUCGCGGGCAACGAAGCCCAAGCCGGCGCCAUCAUCGAGCCUCACACGGGCCUGCCGAUGAACGUGGAGAAGUAUGGCACCACCGGCGCAGGUGGAACUGACGGCGCGAGGCAGAUCGAAGGGUACCACGAGACGGAUCCAGGUGUGAGACAGGCGACGCACGGGACUGCUGAGGGCGCGGGGACGAAGUAUCCGGCGCAUCAGGCUGGGGAGGAGGGUGUGGCGGGCCCGGAUUGGGAUGCUAUCAAGAAGGCUGAUACUCCGUACUAG